UUUUAACUCUCACACCCUAUCAUCUCUAGCGUUACUUUCUAGCGAAAAAAAUAAUUUCAUUUCGCGCUCUUAUUGUUAUUUCUCGUGGAUUUUUCGGCAACUGACCGCGCGAAUGGCCGACGAGGACGAUGAGGUGGCCCACCGGAUGGCGGCGGCGCCAGUCCGCAAGCCGGACGACGAGACCGCCUUUUUGGAGUACAUCGAGAUGGAGAACUUUAAGUCCUACCGCGGCCACAUAGUUGUGGGUCCUCUAAAGCAAUUUAAUGCGGUCAUCGGGCCCAACGGAUCCGGAAAGUCCAACUUUAUGGACGCCAUCAGCUUCGUGAUGGGAGAAAAGACCAGCAGUUUGCGUGUGAAGCGCCUGAAUGAUCUGAUCCACGGUUCUUCUAUUGGCAAGCCCAUUUCGCGCAGCUGCUAUGUGACGGCCAAGUUCGUGCUCAACCAGGAGCGGAACAUGGACUUCCAGAGGGCCGUGAUCAGCGGAUCCUCGGAGUACCGUAUUAACGGAGAGAGCGUUUCGAGCAGCACUUACCUGAACAAGCUGGAAAAGAUUGGCAUCAAUGUAAAGGCCAAAAACUUUUUGGUGUUCCAAGGAGCUGUGGAAAACAUAGCCAUGAAGACGCCCAAAGAACGCACGGCUUUGUUUGAGGAAAUCAGCGGCUCUGGCUUGCUCAAGGAUGACUACAAUCGCCUGAAGCAGGAAAUGAUUGUGGCAGAGGAGGAGACGCAGUUCACCUACCAGAAGAAGAAGGGCAUUGCGGCAGAAAGAAAGGAGGCCAAGCACGAAAAAAUGGAAGCCGAUCGGUACACUCGCCUGCAAAACGAAUAUAACGAGAAACAAGUGGAGUAUCAACUGUUUAGACUCUUCCACGUGGAAAGGGACAUCCGGAAAUAUACUGGCGAUUUGGAGGUGAGACAGCAGGAGGUAAAAGCAGUGGAGCAGCGAAAGAAAGCCGCCGAUGAAAUCUUGAGCGAGAAGAAGAAGGACGCCGGGAAGAUAACCCGAGAUCUGGCCAAAAUCGAUCAGGAAAUACGGGAGUUUGAGACCCAAAUGAACAAACGCCGGCCUCUGUACAUCAAAGCCAAGGAAAAGGUUACCCACUGCAAAAAGAAGCUCGUCUCGCUGCAGAAGACCUUGGAGACGGCCCGCGAGGCGGACAAUGCCCAUCAGUCUGACAUUCGAAAGCUUGAGAAGCAGCUAGCCGAUGUGGAGGCCCUCAAGAAGCGCUUCGAGGACGAGAUCGAAAACGAAUCGCAGCGCCGUGGCAAGAGCGUGAACAUGGAGGAGGGACUCGUGCAGGAGUACGAUCGCCUAAAGCAAGAGGCGGAGGCCACAGCCACCCAGUACCGUUCCGAGCUGGACUCAGUGAACCGGGAGCAGAAGUCUGAACAGGACACGCUCGAUGGCGAAACCAAUCGCCGUGCCUCCGUGGAGGAGUCAUUCAAGAAGCUCACUCUGCAGCGCGAGGAAGCUGUAAAGCGUCGGGACAAACUGAUGGACCACAUUAAAUCCUCGCAGGCGGCGCUGGAGGAGCAGAAUCGCAUCAAGGAUGAGCUCCGGCGAGAUGUUGGUAGCUCCAAGGAAAAGAUUGCCGAAAAGCAACGUGAACUGGAGAACGUGCGCGACCAACUGGGCGAUGCCAAGAGCGACAAACACGAGGAUGCGCGGCGCAAAAAGAAGCAGGAGGUGGUGGAGCUGUUCAAAAAGCAGGUUCCAGGUGUGUACGACCGCAUGAUCAAUAUGUGUCAGCCCACGCACAAGCGCUACAACGUGGCUGUCACGAAAGUGCUGGGCAAGUUCAUGGAAGCCAUCAUCGUUGACACUGAGAAGACGGCCCGCCAUUGUAUUCAGAUAUUAAAGGAGCAAAUGCUGGAGGUGGAAACCUUCCUACCUUUGGACUAUCUGCAAGUGAAGCCCCUAAAGGAGCGACUUCGUAACAUCAGCGAUCCCCGCAACGUGAGACUGGUCUUUGAUGUGCUAAAAUUUGAGCCGCAGGAGAUCGAGCGUGCCGUCCUCUUCGCAACGGGCAACGCUUUAGUCUGCGAAACUCCAGAAGACGCAAUGAAGGUGGCCUACGAGAUUGAUCGAUCGCGUUUUGAUGCUCUGGCUUUGGACGGAACUUUCUACCAGAAGUCGGGUCUCAUAUCUGGAGGCAGUCACGAUUUGGCGCGCAAAGCCAAGCGCUGGGACGAGAAGCAUAUGGCUCAGCUAAAGAUGCAGAAGGAGCGUCUACAAGAAGAGCUCAAGGAGCUUGUGAAAAAGUCGCGCAAACAGAGUGAGCUCGCAACUGUGGAGUCGCAGAUUAAGGGCCUGGAGAAUCGACUAAAAUAUAGUAUGGUAGAUUUAGAGUCCUCCAAAAAGUCAAUUGGCCAGUAUGACAACCAAUUAAAGCAAGUGCAGACCCAGCUGGACGAUUUCGGACCGAAGAUCAACGAGAUCGAACGUCGUAUGCAGAACCGCGAGGAGCACAUACAGGAAAUCAAGGAGAACAUGAACAAUGUGGAGGACAAAGUAUACGCGUCCUUCUGCCGACGCUUGGGCGUAAAGAACAUCCGCCAGUAUGAGGAGAGGGAGCUGGUCAUGCAGCAGGAGCGGGCUCGCAAACGCGCAGAGUUCGAGCAGCAGAUAGAUUCCAUAAACUCGCAGCUGGACUUCGAGAAACAAAAGGACACGAAAAAGAACGUUGAGCGUUGGGAGCGCAGCGUCCAGGAUGAGGAAGAUGCCCUGGAGGGACUAAAAACGGCUGAGGCACGUUAUUUGAAGGAAAUUGAGGAGGACAAGGAGAAAAUGGAAAAGUUUAAGCAGGAGAAGCAGUCCAAGAAGCAAACCGUGGACGACAUGGAGGAGGACAUAUCCAAAGCGCGAAGGGAUGUGGCUAACCUUGCCAAGGAGAUACAUAACGUGGGCAGUCAUUUGUCUUCGGUGGAGUCAAAGAUUGAGGCCAAGAAAAACGAUCGCCAGAACAUACUUUUACAAGCUAAAACGGAUUGUAUAGUGGUGCCUCUGUUGCGCGGCUCGCUGGACGAUGCAGUGCGACAGAGCGAUGCGGACGUCGCUUCUACCUCCACGGCAAUAGAUAAUCUUAUUGAGGUGGAUUACGGAUCUCUACCACGAGAGUAUACCAAACUAAAAAGUGACUCCGAUUUCAAAAAGACCCAUGAAAUCUUGCAUAAGGAUCUGCAAAGUAAACUGGAUGUGCUGGAGCGCAUACAGACGCCAAACAUGAAAGCUAUGCAAAAACUUGAUGCUGUCACGGAGAAGGUGCAGUCCACAAACGAAGAGUUCGAGAAUGCGCGAAAAAAAGCCAAGAAGGCCAAGGCGGCAUUCGAGAGGGUAAAAAACGAACGCUCCUCUCGCUUCGUCGCCUGCUGUCAGCACAUUUCGGAUGCCAUUGAUGGCAUCUACAAGAAAUUGGCUCGCAAUGAAGCGGCCCAGGCUUACAUCGGCCCCGAUAAUCCCGAAGAACCGUACCUGGACGGUAUAAACUACAAUUGUGUGGCGCCCGGCAAAAGAUUUCAGCCCAUGAACAACUUAAGUGGCGGUGAGAAAACAAUCGCGGCCUUGGCCCUGCUCUUCUCCACCCACAGCUAUCAACCAGCGCCGUUUUUUGUGCUUGACGAGAUCGAUGCUGCCUUAGACAACACGAAUAUUGGCAAGGUCGCUUCAUACAUAAGGGAUCACACCACCAACUUGCAGACCAUUGUUAUCUCCUUAAAAGAAGAGUUCUAUGGUCAUGCCGACGCACUUGUGGGCAUUACGCCGGGGGAAGGUGACUGCCUAGUAUCAAAUGUUUAUAUAAUGGACUUGACCUCGUUUGAGGACACGUAAAGCGCAUAUUUCGGAUUAUUACUAAGCAUUAGAUGUUACUUUAAAGUAAAGCUCACGAUUUCCAAUUAAUAAAGCCAGUAAAUGUGUA